AUGCUGUCUGACCGCGUCAUACUCACACCUCCAUAUCCGGGCAACAAGCGUGGUGCGUUAUGGGCAGAUAACCCGCUGCCGCAUCGAGAAUGGGUGGUCGACCUUGAGUUCCGGGCGUCUGGCCCAGAGCGAGGGGGCGGCAAUCUGCAGGUGUGGUAUGCAAAAGACGGACCGUCUGCUGUCGAGCUUUCGAGUCUAUACACCGUGCCAAAGUUCGACGGGCUGGUUCUUGCCUUGGACCAAUAUGGUGGAAGAGGUGGAAGCAUCCGGGGGUUUCUGAACGACGGAUCGAUAUCUUACAAGGACCAUCAUAAUGUUGACACUCUGUCGUUUGGCAUCUGCGACUAUGCGUACCGCAACCGGGGCGACCCAACGAAAUUGCGACUGCAGCAGACAUCACAUGGAUUCGAAGUUCUGGUGGAUGGUCGAUCUUGUAUCAGAAGCGACAAAAUCUCCCUUCCCCCAGGCUACCACUUCGGCAUUUCCGCCGCCUCAGCGGAAUCGCCGGAUAGCUUCGAAAUCAACAAGUUCGUCGUCUCGACCACAAACUCAAUCUCACGAGAGGAGAUCCACCGCGUACCACAAAAUCAGCCUCACCAGCAGUCCCAGCAACAAGUCCGCGCAGACCGACAGCAACAGGACCAGCCACCUCUGGCAGAAGCACUGCGCGACCUUCCCGAUGCGCCUGCCUCCUCCUACAGAUCCGUCGAAGACCAGUUCGGGGACCUCCACAACCGUCUGCAAUCCGCAGCGCACCAGGUCAACAACGUCUACCGCGAGCUAAGCAUGCUCCGCAAGAACCACGAAAGCCAAAUGGUAAAGCUCGAGCAGACGGCCGAACAGCGUCAUCGCGAGCUUGCGGACCGGACACGUGCAGCGAACGAGAAGGUUGCGGCCAUGGAGCGGACUAUUCAGAAGAUUGAAGGGAUUGUUGUGAGGAUACAGAAGGAUGUUGAGGGGAAAGACUACAAGGAGCACUUUACCAGCUUGCAGAACACCCUGAAAGACACCCAUUUGAGUCUGUCCGAGGGUAUACCUGCAGCAAUGAGCCAAAUCGUGUCGACCUCUCGGCCUAAGGUGGGGCUCUUCGCGUUUGUGGUGAUUGCUUUCCAGAUCAUGCUCCUGGGCGCAUAUAUCGUGUAUAGGAGACGGAGGGAUAAUGCGCCGAAGAAGUACCUCUAG